AUGCUCAAGCAAAAUGGUACAGUCUUCAGGCCCUCGGUGCUGAUGCUGAUUGGGAUCCCUGGCUUGGAAUCUGUGCAAGUCUGGAUUGGGAUUCCUUUCUGUACCAUGUACAUCAUUGCUCUGUUUGGGAAUUCCCUGCUUCUGGUUGUCAUCAAAACUGAGCACAGCCUCCAUGAGCCCAUGUACAUCUUCCUGGCAAUGCUUGGAGCAACAGACAUUGUUCUCAGUACCUGCAUCCUACCCAAAAUGCUAGGAAUAUUCUGGUUUCAUCUGUCAAAGAUCUACUUUGAUGCUUGUCUCUUGCAGAUGUGGCUCAUCCACACAUUCCAGUGUAUUGAGUCAGGUAUUUUGCUGGCCAUGGCCCUGGACCGCUACGUGGCAAUCUGUGAACCUCUGAGACAUGCAACCAUCUUUACACACCAACUUCUCACUCAGAUUGGUGUUGGAGUGACACUCAGAGCAGCCCUCCUUGUAGCUCCAUGUCUCAUCCUCAUCAAAUGCCGGCUGAAAUUCUACCGGACCACUGUGGUCUCCCAUUCAUAUUGUGAGCAUAUGGCCAUCGUGAAGUUGGCAGCAGAAGAUGUUAGAAUCAACAAGAUCUAUGGUUUGUUUGUGGCUUUCAGCAUACUUGGCCUUGAUAUCAUCUUCAUCACUCUCUCCUACAUUCGAAUAUUUAUAACUGUCUUCAAUCUUCCUCAAAAGGAAGCUAGGCUCAAGGCCUUUAACACCUGCAUUGCCCACAUUUUGGUCUUCCUCGAGUUUUAUCUCCUGGCUUUCUUCUCUUUCUUUACACACAGGUUUGGGUUCCAUAUACCAUCCUACAUUCAUAUUCUUCUGUCAAACCUUUACCUGCUUGUCCCACCUUUGCUCAAUCCUAUAGUCUAUGGAGUGAAGACCAAACAAAUUCGAGAUGGUGUGUUUAAGAUAUUCUACCAUAAGAAUCCUUCUUGA